AUGGUACAUAAAAGUCAUUGGUCCAACAACGAGGCGAGGUGUGAGACAAUGCGCACCAACGCUAGCGGAUCAGCGGCUUCUGAAGGCAUUGGAGAGUCAAAAAGGGUGGCGGAAAGCUCUGGGGACGUUGCUGUCCGUUUGAUAGUGCAACACAAUCGAAGUCUUUACUCCUUCGAAUUCAUGCCUGACUGCACCGUAGAGGAUUUGAAGGAAAGACUUGAAGCCAUCACUAACGUGCCAGUCAACAUGCAGAAAUUGAUAUUUCGGGGCAUUCUUAAGAAUGACACGAAAAUUGCGAGCCUUAGAUUGCCUGGGCGUGACACAAGAAUCAUGCUAAUCGGUACUGAAAGAGAUGUAUCAGUGGCUUCAGGUCAGUCGUCAGCCUCCACACCCGAGUCGGAUACGAACAGAGAAAAUGAACCACCUCUUGAGGAGGAUAAAGAAACCAUUGCAGGUCAUAAACAUGUUAUAGAGACCUUUGGUAAACCAGACAAUGCUAAAGCGAGUCUCACCGUACCAGCGACACUGGCGGAUAAUGAGACACUGACGGGCUUACUAGACAAGAAGGGUAAACCGCUGCGUCUUCGCUUCCACCCCGAAAGCUGUGAGCUUUGGAUGGCAACCCCCUCGGCCACAUAUAAGAUACCUCUGGAUACCGUCAAAGAGGUCGAACACUGCCCCAUCCUUGAGCACCCAGGUUAUCAUAUCAUGAGCUUCCAACUUGGUCCCACCCGGAAAUCACGUUUUUUCAUUUAUUGGGUGCCUGAACAGUACGUUGCUUCCAUCAAGAAAAAAGCUCUUUCUCUCAGGCCAAUGCGGUGA